GGUCUUUUCCGCGCCGACACCUAAAAUUUCCACUGCUAAUGAGAUAACCUAUUGCGGAGCUUAAAAUGCUCCAUGUCUUCCGUCGGAAUGUGGCCCUACGCUGGACGGUAGGUUGUAAAGCAACAAGUUUCAUCGUAAGAGGAUAUGGAUCUACACGUGAUAUUGCCUCGGCUUAUCAACCAUCGCAGGUGGAACGACACAGCACCUCAGGAGUUGUGCCUCAGCUACCGGCUGAGUAUGGUCAGAAAUUAGAAAAAUCUUUUAAUCUACUUCUUCCUCCACCAAACGUGACUGGCGAUCUUCAUCUGGGCCAUGCACUAACAUGCGCCAUACAGGAUGCUUUGGUGAGACAGGCUCGACUGUCAGGAGGCCGCGCAACAUGGAUCCCUGGCAUGGAUCAUGCCGGAAUUGCGACACAAGUGGUUGUGGAGAAACGACUAUUCAAAGAACGAAACCUUACACGGCACAAUCUCGGAAGGGAAAAGUUUCUGGACGAAGUAAUGCGAUGGAAAGUUGAAAAGGAAGAAAGUAUCCGGAUGGCGCUCAAGCAACUUGGUUGUUCAAUGGACUGGAAUAAGGAGUAUUUUACGAUGGAUGCUCAUCAGACGGUGGCGGUAAAGGAAGCGUUUGUGCAGUUGUUCGACAAGGGCCUCAUAUACCGCGAUCGUUCAUUGGUCAACUGGUCCUGCACGUUGGAGUCCGCCAUUUCGGAUGUGGAGGUAGAGAACGUCGAAAUUGAAGGUCCUACUGAAAUAUCCGUGCCAGGAUACGAUAGAACUAUCACCUUCGGUCGAAUGGUGGACAUAGCGUACAAGGUGCAAGGAUCGACGGAAGAGAUCGUCGUUUCCACUACGCGCCCGGAAACGUUUCUCGGAGACGUUGCUGUUGCCGUCCAUCCAGAGGAUGGCCGGUAUUCUCAUCUGCGAAACAAAACCACCUUCCUGUGGCAUCCCGUAAGAAAAGAGGAAAUUCCACUCAUCUUCGACAGUGCAGUCGAUCGCUCGUUUGGGACGGGAGCGGUCAAGAUAACUCCCGCGCACGAUCGGUUCGAUUUUGAGAUGGCCCGUCGGCAUCAUCUGGCAACGGUCGAGGUCAUCGAUGAGCGAGGAAUUGUGCAAAAACAUUUCGGCCCAUUCACGGGUUUGCCGCGCUACGAGGCACGUGAAACAUUAAUGGACUAUCUGACGAAACUUUCCUUGGUGCGUGGUGUAAGGCCUCAUACGAUGCUUUUGCCACUGUGCUCGCGAUCCAAGGAUGUUGUGGAACUUCUGCUGCGGCCACAAUGGUUUAUAAGAUGUCGAGAAAUGGCACAGCGAGCGAUGGCUGCAGUAGAGCGGGAUAACAACAAACUCGUAAUAGUUCCCAAGACGUUCGAAAGGGAGUGGUUCCGAUGGUUGGAAAACUGUCACGAUUGGUGCAUUUCAAGACAGCUAUGGUGGGGCCACCGUAUCCCGGCGUAUGUUAUUCGUUACGAGGGUACAAAAGAAUUGUGGAUAGCGGCACGUUGUAUGAAUGAAGCUCGCGAAAAGUGUGGCACUAUUCUGCCUAAUAUUCCACCGGAUGCAAUCUCCAUCGAACAAGAUCAUGACGUACUGGAUACAUGGUUUUCCUCGGCUUUGCUUCCCUUUUCGGCGACUGGAUGGCCCGGAAAGCUUUCCGAAGAGUUGUACCCCCUGCAGCUGAUGGAAACUGGACAUGAUAUACUAUUUUUCUGGGUCGCACGUAUGGUGAUGCUCGGGCAGGAGCUUACAGGCAAGUUACCGUUCGACAAAAUUCUUUUACACGGCAUCAUUUGUGAUGAGUUUGGUAGGAAAAUGUCCAAAAGUCUGGGGAACGUAAUAAAGCCGGAACAUGUCAUAGAAGGUAUUUCGCUGAACAAAUUACAAGCCGAAGCGGAAGCAUCACACCGGCAAGGUAUUCUAUCAAAGCACGAGCUCACGAAAUCAAUUGCCGGGCAGCGUAAAAUGUUCCCCAAGGGUAUCCCGGAAUGUGGCAUAGAUGCGCUACGCUUCACGUUAUGUUCGUCGAAUGUAAAGAAUCAUUUUAUACAUUUCAAUGUACAAGAAGCGUACACAAAUAAGCUAUUUUUUAACAAAAUCUGGCAAGCCACACGAUACACGCUCGGUUGUACGGAACGUUUUGGUGGAACGGCGAAAGAUGCCGAACAAACGUUGGAUUUGCGAAAAGAUGCAGAUCGCUUAACGGUGAUGGAUCGCUGGAUAUUAAGUCGCCUGGGAAAUACGAUCCAACAGUGUCGAGAAGCGUUUGAAAAUUAUAAUUUUCAUUUAGCCACUGCUGCGUUAAAAACGUUUUUCUACAGCAACUUUUGUGAUGUAUAUUUGGAAACGACAAAAAUCAACAUGAAACCAGAUGGUUCUUCUAAUGUUGCAGCGUUGCAUUGUGCCGUGUUAAAAUACUGUCUCACAGUAGGUUUACUCCAAAUGGAACCAUUCACUCCGUACCUGGCACAGGAGCUUUUGAAGCAUUUAUCCGCAUCGAGCAGGUUAGCGGACGAUUAUGCUAGCGCAACUUGUUGGAUAGAUCCGAAGCUCGAACAAAGUAUUGAUGAUAUGCUGCAUAUAUGUCAGCACAUUAGGCAAUCGAAAAAUGAAUACAAUCCACCGAUCGUACGGAAGCAUAAUCCUAUCGUGCACAUUCACGCAAAGGCACGAGAGCUUGCAGCAUUGUUGCAAACGCAACAGGACACGAUACAGCAGCUAACGCACUGCAAUGGGAUCAUUCUGCAUGCAAACGAACGUGCAUUCAAUAAAGUGCCAUUCGCAGUGAAAUGUGCUCGAAGCCAUAACUGUAUAGUUGGAAUUGUGGCUGAAUCGAUGGAUGCGGUCAUGUGCCGGGGAAAUUCUGCUGGUGACGGAAGCAAAAGGAUGCUAGCGAAAGUAGAUGCAGAAAUAGAGAAACUGCUGAAGACCAUUAGUAAUGAAGGAUACAAAAAGUCGGCCAGCGAAGAUGUACAGAAACGGCACCAGGAAAAGUUAAACCGGUUGCAGCAACAGAGGGAAGAAAUGCGAAAAAUAGCAUCAUAAAAAUGUUGUUUCUUGUAGGAGAAGUCUAGUCAGAAUGCAACGUUACACAAUAAAGUGUUCUACCACUUCGGUUGUUCACAAA